UCUCUGGGCUGGUGCUGUUAUUGUUUAUUGUUGAAACGUGUCUAAGGCCAGCGGAGUGGCUUUCUUGAGCAGAGGAGGCGCGGCUCGCGUGCGAUGGCGAGCGCUCGGGGAGCGAACCCCCCCGGCGAGGCAUCGGCGGCUGCUGAAGCUCGGCGUGCGGGGAGCAUCGCUGCGGGGAUCGCUCCUGCCUGCUGCUCCCGGGGCCGGCCUGCUGGAAUGCUGAGACGGGAAUGCCGGCAAAGCCCCGUACUCGUCCUUCUCGCCGCUUUAUUUUUAGAGUCGUUGGGGGAUCCGGCUCCGCUCACUAAGGCAGUUCUGUAAAAAUAGCAGCAAAACUUAAAUGCUGAUCAAGUGAGGAAUAUAAAUAUUGAAAUAGCAGCAGAGGUAUGGCUGAACAAGAUCAGAAGUCACUUGCUCAGCACCUUGGCACUGCAGGGGUCCUUGAGACCUGGCCGAUCCUCUUGCUCCUCGCCAGGGCGGUGAGACCUGGGCUGCAUGAACGGGAACAUCUCAUUCUCUUUGGAGUCGAGGAUUUUUAAACCCUUGGAGUUACUUGAAGGUGCCUUUGGUGGUUUGGAGGAAUUGCCUGGUGUCUGUGGAAGAAUAACAGAUACACCGAUGACUUUGGGUUUAACUGCCAAACAGAUAUACCACUUGCUUUAAAUUUAAUCUAAAAACUGGGAAAAUUUGAGAGAUUGAUUCUUGGGAGGCUCUGGGACAUUUGAAAGUGAUUUGGAGAGAGCAAAGUCUGUGUCCGAUGGACACCGAACCCAAGCCAGCGUGUGUGGUGCCCCAGGCUCCCUGCCCAGGAAUGAAGUGCUCUCCUUCAGAGGACUUUUCUCCUCAGGUGAGGCUGUCUGAAAAGAUCCCACCCGUGAAGCCUUGCUUCAAGAAGAAGCAGCAAGUGCAGAAGAGACUGGACACACAAGCUCUGCGGGCUUUGCGGCCGAUCUUUACCAGCUUGCUGGGAGCUGGCACCUUGGGUAGGGUCUUCGUGCCCCGAGGCCAGCGUGGUGGCCAUGGUGAUUUAUGUGAACCUGCUGUGAAAAAGACUCUGGACCUCGGUACCUCUUGCCCCCAGACAGAAAAUAAUGUGACUGUGCUGAUGCCAGCAGCUCCAGAUGUGCAGGGUCAAUUGCCAGGAGCUCAUCCUUCCCCCGGGCAUCGUGAGCAGGACGUCCAGUCAGGAGAGCAAAGUUUCUCCCCAGAAACGCCUGGAACUGCUGCUGAUAAUGGUAAUGAAUCAUUCCAGGAUCAUCCUUUGCACCCAAGUGCUAGUGAUGGUGCAGCUUGUCCUUUGUUCCCUGACAAGGUUCUGGAAAGCUACACAUCUAGCUUACUGCAGGAGAACAGCUGUCCCAUGCAAUACAACUUGACCCCAAGCAAUAAAUUCAGUGCUGGGAUAUUUCAGGAUAAAAGUGAAGAAGCUUCCCUUGACCUGGUGUUUGAGCUCUUGAACCAGCUGCAGUAUCACACCCACCAGGAGGAUGGGAUUGAAAUCUGUGUGGAUUUUCUCCAGGGCACUUGUGUUUAUGGCAGUGAUUGUCCCAAGCAUCACACAGUGUUACCCUAUCACUGGCAGGUGAGGAGGACAGUAACUCAGAGGUGGCAAAGUGUGACCAACGAUUCCCAGGAGCACCUGGAAAGGCUUUACUGCAACCCUGACAAUGACAAGAUCAAAGUCAAGUAUCGGGGCCAGGAGUUCUGGGUGGAUCUGAACCUUAUGAAAUUAUAUGAAAGUGCAGAGUUCGACCAAAUGCGGCGCCUGUCCACAGCCUCCUGCCCCAGCUCCAGCUCCAGCUGCUACACGGUGUGGAAGUACUUCUGCAGGGACCACUUUGGCUGGAGAGAGUACUCAGAGCCGGUGGUGAGGCUGAUCGAGGAGGCGAGCUGCCGCGGGCUGCGCGAGGUGCGCUUCGUCACCUGGCACAACCAGUACAUCCUCAACAUCAAGGACGGCUUCCAGCAGAACUCCUGCUUCCGCAGGGAGAUCAAGAGGAGGCCCCUGCUGCGCUCCUGCGUGCUGCUCACGCCCUUCCUGCAGACCCUGGGCGGCAGCUCCGCGGUGCCCUCCCUGUGCUCCGACCCCGCCUCUGCACAGGACUUGUCCCCAGCUGCUGUCACCUCUCCCAGCUUCUACCCCGAGACCUGGAUUGGCAUGGAUCCAGCUCAGGACUUCAUCCAAGUGCCUGUUCUGAAGGAAGACAAAAGCUAUAGAACCAUUUAUAACCUGUUCCACAAGACUGUGCCAGAGACCAAAUACAAGAUUUUGAAAAUCCUGCGAGUGCAGAACCAGUUCCUCUGGGAGAAGUAUAAAAGGAAAAAGGAAUACAUGUCCAAGAAGAUGUCUGGGCUGGACAGGAUCAUGAACGAGCGGCACCUGUUCCAUGGCACAUCCCAGGACGUGGUGGACGGGAUCUGCAAGCACAACUUCGACCCGCGGGUGUGCGGCAAGCACGCCACCAUGUUCGGCCAGGGCAGCUACUUCGCCAGGAAGGCCAGCUACUCCCACAACUUCUCCAAACGCUCCCCCAGGGGCAUCCACUUCAUGUUCCUGGCCAAGGUGCUCACGGGCAGGUACACGGUGGGCAACCACACCAUGAGGAGGCCGCCGCCCGUGGAGCCCGGCAGCAUCACCAGCGACCUCUACGACUCCUGCGUGGACAAUUACUUUGAGCCCCAGAUCUUUGUUAUCUUCAAUGAUGACCAGAGCUACCCCUAUUUUAUCAUCCAGUACGAAGAAGUCAGCAGCACUGUCUCCAUCUGACAGCCUGUGCUGCUCCUUCGCAACCUCUCACCUGGCAGCCAUUCGUGUGGGGGAAAUAAAAUCUGGGCACUUCCUAACUGCUGGAAUGACUUGGAAGGAAGGAAAUCUGAAGUGACCAACUGUGCACUUGGUGGUUGAUUCCCUAUGUGGAAAUUGUACAUAUUUUUCCAUUGUUUAUAGUUGAAAAUCUGUGCCUUUUGUUAUAAAACACUGUUUAUUUAUGUUAGUAAAUAUUCGUGUUUCAGAA